AUGAACAAGACUUCUGUGUUGGAAUUUGUCUUCGCAGGGCUUACUGACAGGAAUGAGCUCAACGUUCCAUUGUUCAUCAUAUUUCUGCAUGUUUACAUCACAACUAUAGUGGGCAAUGUUGGCAUCAUUAUUAUAAUUGUGGUGGACAGACAUCUUCACAGGCCCAUGUACUUGUUUCUGAGCAAUCUUUCCUUUGUGGAUCUCACGUAUUCUUCAGCUGUCACCCCUACAAUGCUGAGGGACUUGUUAAGUGAAAAUAAGGUCAUCUCAUUCGCUGGCUGUGCCAUACAGAUGUUCAUCUUUGUGUCCUUUGCUACAAUUGAAUGUCUUUUUCUUGGGAUCAUGGCCUAUGAUCGCUAUGGAGCCAUCUGUUGUCCUCUUCUCUAUGGAAUUCUCAUGAGCAGAAUUUUGUGUCUCUGGAUGGUGGUUGCUGCCUAUUUUGUAGGCUUUCUGACUGCUCUUGUUCACACCGUUUCCGUGUUUCUUCUCAGCUUCUGCAGAUCAAACGUUAUUGACCAUUUCUUCUGUGACCUCCCACCACUUUAUAAGUUGUCCUGUUCUGAUACAUCCGUGAACUUGGUUGUUUUGAUCAUUUUAGGUAGUAUGGUUUCCAUGAGCUGCUUCAUACUCAUUAUUUUCUCGUAUACCAACAUUGUCCUGGCUAUUCUGAGAAUUAGGUCAACCCAGGGUAGCUACAAAGCCUUUAACACCUGCACUUCGCAUAUGACUGCUGUCAGUGUCUUCUAUGGGGCUAUCUUCUUUAUGUAUCUUCGUCCAUCCUCUAGCUAUGUCUUACAGCAAGACCGUGUGGCAUCAGUCUUUUACAGCAUUCUAAUAGCUCUGUUAAAUCCUUUUAUAUAUAGUCUUUGGAACGCUGAGGUGAAAGCUGCUUUGAAGAGUUUGUUGAAAUAUUUUCAAAAAUAA